AUGCCCCCAAAGAGCAAAGGGAAAGGGAGAAAAGGAGUGAAGCAGUAGCAGAAAAGAAACAUAGCAGAAAGCCGAGCUGAAGAGAAGUUCAGGAAAGCAGCACUGGAGGUGGACAUGCCAAAAGAGCACCUGGUUCCCUGGAAGAACGUGUACUGGCAGGCAAAAGCUGACAACGAAGUGCUCAAGCGGAGGCUAUGGGACCUCAAGAAGGCACUGGAGCAGGCACAAGACGACAAGCGAGACAUUCAUGAAGCUGAGGGCAGAGAAAUGACCUGGCAAUACCAGCAGCUGCAGAAGCAGACAGAAGCCCGCAGACAGCGCCUGAAGGUGAAGGUGAAAAGCCUGCAGGAGCACCUCGCCACUAGGCUCUGGGAGAGCCAGCAGCUCCAGGAGACUGCCACCCAGGCACUAGCAGAGAGAGACAGGACCAUCGCCCAACCGCAGGACAGGCUUGAUGCCAUGGAGCAGGAAUAUAAGAAGAUCCUCCACAUGAGUGGGGACAUGGCUGGUAGCUUGGACCUUAUGCUGGCCAAGAUGGCAGAGGCCAGCCUGCACUGGGAAGAGGUAGGAAUGACGAUCGCUAUGGAGCACAAGGAGUGCCUACAGGAGUUCAGCCUCAACCCCCUGCACAUACAGCUCCCUGGGGACUCCCAGGACAGGACAGGCUCUCAUCCCCUACCUCCCUAUCAGCACACUUGAAGAGCUUUCCACACCCACUGCCCAACACUCCAGCUGUCUCAGGCUAGGUAA